GGGGAGCGGGAGGGCGCGCGGCCUGCCGCCGUCCUGAGGGCUGCGCGCACCGCUCGGGCCGGGGCUCGUCCGUUUCCUGCGGGUGCGUCGGAUUAAUUGCUGGAGGCGUCUUGAGGCUCCGAGGAUGAACGUGCUGGUAGUGCUGCUUGUGUCUGCCAUAGUCAGCUGCUGCAGUCGGUUGGGCAGCUCAGCCCCCAGGCUGCUCCUGGUGUCCUUUGAUGGUUUCAGGGCUGAUUACUUGGACACCUAUGACCUUCCUCACCUUCGGGAGUUCAUUGAGGAUGGCGUGCUUGUAAAGCAGGUUACGAAUGCUUUCAUCACCAAGACUUUCCCAAACCAUUACAGCAUAGUGACGGGUUUGUAUGAGGAAAGCCACGGCAUCGUGGCUAACGACAUGUAUGAUUCAGAUGCCAAGAAAAAGUUCUCGCAGUUCAAUGAUUCGGAUCCCUUCUGGUGGAACGAAGCGGUCCCAAUCUGGGUGACAAAUCAACAGCAGAGAAAUGGGACGAGUGCUGCUGCCAUGUGGCCCGGUACUGAUGUGAGGAUUAACAACACGACCCCUCACUUCUUCAUGAAGUAUAACUUUUCAGUGACGUUUGAGGAGAGAGUGGAGAAAAUUGUGAAGUGGUUGAACAGCUCUGAUCCUGUUGUCAAUUUUGCUACGCUGUACUGGGAAGAACCAGAUGUGAGCGGGCACAAGUAUGGACCAGAUGAUACUGAGAACAUGCGCCGAGUGUUAGAGCAAGUGGAUCAGCACGUUGGUUUCCUUACCAGUAAACUGAAGGCAUCGGGUUUGUGGGACAGUAUCAAUGUCAUAAUAACAAGUGAUCACGGGAUGGCACAGUGCUCUCCAAAGAAGCUGAUCAUCCUGGACAACUGUAUUGGUCGUGGUAACUAUACUCUGAUCGACAGGAGUCCAGUUGCUGCAGUGCUGCCAAAGAACAAUAAAAAAUACGUGUACAACUUACUGAAACAGUGUGAUGAUCAUCACAUGAAAGUGUAUCUCAAAGAAGAAAUCCCAGACAGGUUUCAUUAUCGCCAUAAUAAGAGAAUUCAGCCCAUAAUCCUGAUUGCAGAUGAAGGCUGGACAAUUGUGCAGAAUGAGGCCCCCUCAAAGCUAGGUGACCAUGGUUAUGACAACACUCUCCCAAGCAUGCAUCCAUUCCUGGCUGCCCAUGGGCCUGCUUUUCGUCGGGGUUACCAGCAGAGCAUGAUAAACAACGUUGAUAUUUACCCAAUGAUGUGCCACAUCCUGGGACUGACACCGCAGCCGCACAACGGCACUCUCAGCCACACCAAGUGCCUGCUGGUUGACCAGUGGUGCAUACACCUCCCAGAGGCUAUUGGGAUAGUGAUUGGGGGGCUGUUGGUAUUGACUACCUUCACCUGCAUUGUAAUAAUCAUCACAAAGAACAGAGUAGCUUCUCCACGUCCGUUUUCCCGGCUUCAGUUACAAUCUGAUGAUGAUGACCCUUUAAUUGGAUAGCGUGUGCUGAGCUGAGCUUGGCUUGCAAAAGUGAUUUCAGCAAGCACGUCUGAUCUUGCACUGCAGGGCAUUCUUUGAUGCACUUUAAUGGUAUCUGUGUAAAAUACUGUACAGCCCAAACCUGCUAACUUCUCUGUGUGUGUGUUAUCUGAUUUGUAGUCCUAUGAAAAGAUGUUCAGAAAUCCUCAACGGGUUAUUUUCUGCUGGAGGAAGUGCUUAAGAAAAUAAAGAUGUUUAAUUUUUCAC